GCGGAGAAAGGGCCCGUCCCUAUCACCCCCCCCCUCCCCCCCCCCCACGAAUCGUCAGAUCCGAUUCCGCGUACACACGUCAAUCGCAACUCAAUUCACGCAUACCUAUUUUACGCUCACACAUAGUGCACACACACACACUCUCUCUCUCUCACACACACACACUACAUACAUCCCGCAACAGCAGCAGCAAUAGCAACAGCAGCAAUAACAAUGGUCACCACCCGCCGCGGCCACAACACCUCGCGCGAGCCGGAGCCGGAGGGUGCAUCCCCCGCGAAAGCCGCUGGCAAGAAACAUGCAGCUCUCGAGCACUCGGCUGGUGGUGACGGUGAGCCAGAGCCGGAGAGUGCUUCCUCAAAGAAAGCCUCCUCCUCCUCGGCAGCUAGAAAGAAACAUAAAGCUCCUGAGCAGGAGGCUGGUGAAGGUGGUGAAGGUGAAGGUAAAGGUGAAGGUGAGCCGGAAAAGAAGAAGGUCAAGGCUACUGCUGCUGCUGCGACUUCUACUACUUCGAAGCAGGUACUGGAUGUGAAGACUGGGGGGUCCGGGAAAAAAGCUACUGUUGAGGAGGUUGAGGAUUCGGAUGGCGGGAAGAGGAAGGUGGAUCAGGGGGGGAAGGCGGGUGAAGUGAAGACGGAAGGGAAGAAGCAGGAGGGCGAGGAGAGGGAGGAGAAUAAGAAGAAGGAGGAGAAUAACGAUACUGAGAUGGUAGACGCCCCGUCGAAAUCCGGCAUCACCGUCUCGUCCACGCGCGAGCAAAAAGUCUCAGACUCUCCCAUCCUCGAGAAAGGAGUGGUAUACUUCUUCCUUCGGGGCAAGGUGAACAUCGAGCACCCGUCGUCGAUGGACGACGUCAAAAGAUCGUACAUGAUCCUGCGUCCGCUGCCGCAGGGCGCAAAGCUUGUCGACGGCAAGCUCGAGGACGCCGGCGAGAAUAGGCUCAUCGCUAUUCCCAAGAAACGCCUGCCGAAGAGGGGCUAUGAGAAGUUUCUGACUUUCGUCGAGGAGCCGAAUGCGAGCCUGGAAGACCUGAGGGGGUACCUUAAGGGUAGGACGUAUCAGACCAAGACGGUUGGGGAGAGGACGGAUUAUCCGGCGCAGCCAAUCGGCGAGGGUGUCUACGCCAUCACCAAGUCCGACAACGAGCGCCAAUCCCACUUCGUGUACAUGCUCACGAUCCCAGAGAAGCCGAACGAGCUGCAGGAGGACUUUGGUCUCAAGGAGCAGGGAAGCUUCGUCAUCUCCGUCCGGAACCCGCAGACUCCGUCGCCGCCCAAUGCUGCGCUCCCGGAUCCGGCUGAGUAUCCCAAAGAGGUCAUCGAGGAGUUCAAAGGUCUGCGGUGGGGCUCUGUCCAGCCCAAGCAUUUCGUCAAGAACGCCGAAUUCCUAUUCAUUGGGGAAAACAAGUUCCCCGAAGACGGGGACCACGAGGGCACGGCGGAUGAAGUGGGCCAGUUGGAGGAAGAGGACGAGAAACGAAUCUUGCAUCUGAAAGGCAACGAGAGUGUCUUUGCGGAUCUCGAGCUGGACCGCAAGGAGUUCAUGGGGAUCCAAACAACAUGGGGAAAGAACGAUGACGAAGUGUAGACUACCUAGCUGAGCGUACCCUCUGAGGAGUCAUUCUGUAGCCUCUUCCUCUUGCUCUUGCUCUUACAGUCUUAUGUACAAUACUCUUCGUAAGCGUAUGAUUAGUUACUGAGACGCGCAUUGUAUUCUGGAUCGAGUCCCCUAGAG